AUGGAGGUUGAAAAGGACGAUAAAAAGAGAGAAUCGAGUAUAAUCGAUCAUGUCAUCUCAUGGAUUUUAUUUAUCUAUGCCGGUAUUGUAACUUCAUUCAUCUCUCCCAUCGUUCUCAUCUGUCUUUUCUACUCGGCUUCUUUUUUGCUUAUCAGUACCGAAUGUCGGAAAAUCGUGAUGAGAAUUCUAGCUCGUGCUUCAAAUCUUCAAUUUAUCACUUGUGUCAGAAUGGCUGGGAUCAAAGUGAUGAUGUCCGGAGAGAAUCUGGAUCGUCUUGCCGAUUGUCGUGCUCUGAUGCUUCCAAACCAUCUCAGUCUCUUCGAUCAUUUCAUCUUCAUGGCGGCUGCAGAUUCAUUUGGAAUUAAUGCAGUUGGACGGUGGAUAUUCGUCAUUUACAAUAUGUGGAUCUACACUCCACUUGGAUGGUUGUGGAGUAGUUAUGGAAACUAUUUUAUUGAUUCUGUACCCAUUCACAAACGAGAAGAGACGCUCAGUCAUUUACGACGACAUUUUGAUCGUAUCUACCAUGAAGUUGAUCUUCGAUGGGUGUGUCUGUAUCCAGAAGGUUCUCGUCUUUUCUUGAUUCAAAAAAGAAAUGCAGAUUACGAGAAGAAAAAGAAUCUUCCUGCCCUCCAACAUUGCGCCUAUCCACGACUUGGUGCUGCACUGAGUGCUAUCAAAGUUCUAGGACCUGACCCAGCUGAUUCAUCAAAAGCGAACAAUGGAAGAGGACCUCCACUGAAGUAUUUGGUUGACGUCACACUUGGAUAUCCAGAUGGAAUCAUUCUUCCAACUCACGAAGCAUUCCUUUCUGCAUGGUUGAACGGAGGUGGCAAGCCGUAUGCAAUUCACUAUGAAACAUUUGAGAUGGAUCCCAAAUGGAGUGAUGAAGAGGAACUUCGCAAAUUCCUUUUUGAUCGCUACCAGAAGAAAGACAAACUUCUGGACUCCUAUUACAAAACUGGAAGUUUUGCUCCAGAUGCCAAAGAGGCCCCACUCCCUUCCUACAUGAUUCUCAUUGGAUUCCAAAUUCUACAACUGACUAUUUUUGCUUUCGUCACCAAAUUCUUUUUGUCUUUCAUUUUCUAG